CUGAAAUAAAGGUGCUUAUGUCGACGGCUAAAAGAUCAUCAUAAACCUUGAUCGACGGUUCAAAAGAGACAGUUGGGGUUGUUGAAUGUGGUGCGAGAGAGAGUGCUCAUCAGCGGGCAGCCACUGGGGCAACUAGGGCUGUCGCCACAGCUGCAUGCAUGGCGUGAUCACACUGACAUUGUGACGAGGGGACAUGGCUGCGUUGGAAAGGUGCCACUGCUAAUGAAGGCGUGAACGCCGCCAGAAAGCUUAUCUAUGCAGGGCUCUGUUGCCCCUUCCUCCGCGGUUCGGACAGUGUUUAGGGACGGUCCUAUGGGUUUGUAAAUGGAAGCUAACUGAACGGGGUAGGGCCCAGCGAUGCGGGGCUGUUUUCCCUCACCCAUCAAUGUAAGACUUUAACGGGAAAGAUUGUCAUCUGAGUGCAGGAUGUCCGAUGCCUUGUUUGGUAUCAUUCGGGAGUUCGAGGGCGCGCUGGAGGGACAGAUGAGGCGGCAGCGCGAGGAGAACAUCCAGCGCAAGCGCGAGUUUGAGAAACGGUUUCUGGAAAAGGAGUUGGAGCUUGCAGAGAGGGAGAACUCCUGGAAGAAGGAUUUGCAGAGAAGAGAGAAAUCUGUCGCUGAGAAGGAGAGAUAUUUGCGUGAAGAGAAAGAGGCGAUCGAGAGAGAAGCACGGUUGCUGAAGGGGGAGGUGGAUCCUGUAAAGGAUAAAGGGGUUGUUGAGAUUGCCUUUGGAAAUGAGCAGUACAGAUGUUUAAGGCAACCCACACGCAGAUGACCCAUAGAUAGCCUAGCGAGGCGUACAUUGUUUCGAGUUUGUUCUUGUACAGAGAAACUCUGCAUAUAGGUAGCACAGUUCUGGCAUGAGAGCGUCACUCGGGCCUUGCCUCGCAAGCAGGACGAGACAUUCGAUUUUUUGAGAGCGCGGCUAUCCCCAGUCGCGAUCUUUGAUCCUCGAUCAACUUGGAAAGAGGUCUGUAGAGGUUGAAUCUCAAGCUGGUUUUAAUGAUAGGUUGAGAGAGCCCGCUAGGUUUAGAUAGCUCCGCACUGUGAGGAUUUGCCCACCACGGUGACCAAAUCGGGGAACGCUCUUCUGUCAACAUGUUCAUUUGGGCGGCCACUACAACCAUGCAUGCUUUGGUCCGCUCUGGUAGAUGCGCCGCCAUCAUUCAUUAACGACUAAGUUACGCAUCGCAGGUGG